AAAAAAAAAAGUUCACUUUGGUUAGUUUUUCCCCCUCUUCACUUCAGUGUGGUUAUGUUAUUUAUUUGAAACAAAAUUACAUUCAUUUGGUUUGGUUUGUAUUCAUUUUAUUUACUUGACUGGUUGUUUUGAGUAUGUGAAAAAUUAACACGGUUCUAAAAUACAGAGGUAUUCAAAGAGUUUUACUCGCAGAAAUGUCCCUCCCCCCAUCUCUUCUACCUGGUUCGUAUUCCCUCUUCUACCCACUUCUUAUUCCCACUGUUUUUCACUCACCUGCUGGAGGUAACCCAACUCAUUGAUUUCUGGUCUAUCCUGCCUGUGCUUCUUUCUCCACAAAUGAGCAGAAACGCAUGUAUUUUCUUUUUUCUCCUUCUUUCUUAUAUAAAAUGUAUUGGGUUGGCCAGAAAACUCGUUCGGGUUUUUCCAUAAGAUGUUAUGGAAUGGAAAAACAUGAACAAGCUUUCUGGCCAGCCCAGUCGUUUCAGUGGCGGUCACCUCGAUCCAUUAAAUAUGUUUCAAUACCUUUGAAUCCCAGAGAGAGCUCUGAACUCUCAAUCCUUUCCUUCUCAGAAGUCCACUGAAGGGAGGAUGAUUUAUUUUGCAAAUUUGCCUGCCCUGACCUCAAGGGCAUUCAAAUGCACUUACCAGUGGGAAUGUAGGAAGGGGACCAGGGUCCUUCCACUUACAGAGGUUAGAUGUGGCCUCACACCAGACAAAAUGUUAGAUGGUGCUACCUUCAGAAUGACGUACGGUAGGCUUUGAUUCAGACUGUUAUGGUGUUAUGGCUGUUAUGGUGACCUUCCCUAAAUAAACAUGAUUCACAACUACCUGAUUCUUUUACUUCUCAGAAGAGCUCCCCACACAUAGCAUUCUUAUUCUUUUACGGGUGGAGCCAUCAUUCCACAUGGACGAGGAAACUCUCUUUGAAUGGAGAUCCUAUAAUCCUCCAUAUAAGCUCUCCUUCUCAGCCAUAAAUUUGAAAAACUCACCUUUUAUGUCUUCAUGUAAGUUGAAAGUGUUGAAAAAGAGAAAAGCAACGGAAGACCUAAUGAGUUAGUACUCCACAGGAGACCUCCCUCAGCAUGGGCUGAGACCCGUGGGUCAAUACUCUAUGGUAAUGGUUCUUCAACAAACAAGACACGUUUCCACUGUAUUACUAUCCUUUUAUUCUUGGCCUCAUCUUCCCUGAAGAGUUAAAUAUUUUCUAGAUAGUCUACAAUGAGAAUAACAGCUCUCAUCAUACUUUCUUUUUGAGGGUGGGAAUGGAAGCGAAGUCGAAUGAGCACAGAAACGACAGGGAACGUGCCAUUAUAUUUUAACCAGUGUGCAAAGAAGGCUCUUAAGUAAUCAGCUAUCUGGACCCUUCUCUUCAGAGAGUUUUGUUUGAUAGCAAAUCGCUGUGGGGAUGAAGCUUGAUAGCUUUGGAGUCCUUGUGGCCACCAUCCUGUUCUGUGAGCAGCAUGCCUUCGCAUUUCAGAGUGGCCAGGUUUUAUCUGCUCUUCCUAGAACCUCCAGGCAAGUUCAAAUUCUGCAAAAUACUACUACAACAUACGAGAUUGUCCUCUGGCAGCCAGUGACAGCUGAAUUUAUCACGAAGAGCAAAGAAGUCCAUUUUUUUGUGAAUGCGUCUGAUGUAAGCAACGUGAAAGCCCAUUUAAAUGAGAGCAGAAUUCCGUUCAGGGUCUUGUUGGAAAAUGUGGAAGAUCUUAUCCGGCAGCAGACUUCCAAUGACAGCAUCAGCCCCCGGGCCUCCUCCUCCUACUAUGAACAGUAUCACUCACUAAAUGAGAUCUAUUCUUGGAUAGAAGUUAUGACUGAGUGGUAUCCUGAUAUGGUUGAAAAAAUCCACAUUGGAUCCUCAUACGAGAAGUACCCACUUUAUGUUUUAAAGGUUUCUAGGAAAGAACAAAGGGCCAAAAAUGCCAUGUGGAUUGACUGUGGAAUCCAUGCCAGAGAGUGGAUCUCCCCUGCUUUCUGCUUGUGGUUCAUAGCCUCUGUAACUCGUUUCCAUGGGCAAGAAAAUCUGCCUACCAGUCUUCUGAGGCACAUGGAUUUCUAUGUUAUGCCAGUGGUUAACGUGGAUGGUUAUGACUACACAUGGAAAAAGAAUCGAAUGUGGAGAAAGAACCGUUCUUUUCAUGAAAACAAUUCUUGCAUCGGAACAGACCUGAACAGGAACUUUGCCUCCAAACACUGGUGUGAGGAAGGUGCCUCGAGUUUCUCGUGCUCGGAAACCUACUGUGGACUUUACCCUGAGUCGGAACCAGAAGUGAAGGCAGUGGCUGAUUUCCUGAGAAGAAAUAUCAACCACAUUAAAGCUUAUGUCAGCAUGCAUUCAUACUCCCAGAAGAUAGUGUUUCCGUAUUCCUAUAGCAGAAGCAAAAGCAAAGACCACGAGGAACUAUCUCUAGUGGCCAGUGAAGCAGUCCAUGCUAUUGAGAAUACUAAUAAAAAUACCAGAUAUACACAUGGCAGUGGUUCAGAAAGUUUAUAUCUAGCUCCUGGAGGUUCGGAUGACUGGAUCCAUGACUUGGGCAUCAAAUAUUCGUUUACAAUUGAACUUCGAGAUACAGGCAGAUACGGAUUCUUGCUGCCAGAGAGUUACAUCAAACCCACUUGUACAGAAGCUUUCGCUGCUGUCUCUAAAAUAGCUUGGCAUGUCAUCAGGAAUGUUUAAUGCCCUUGAUUUUUUCACUCUGUUCCCAUAUUUUAAUUUACUGAUUCCAGCCAAACCAAAUCUUUGUACCAGUUUCUUUUUAAGUUUUAUCAGUUUUCAUAAAAGGUUUUCCCAUUCCUUGGUUUUGUCAAAGAACAAAAUAAAUGCUACCUUAAAAUUAAGGCAGACAAGGGUUCACAUUUC